CUGGACAGGAGACAGAAAGAUGUGUGGUUACAGAUUUGAAAUGUUUCAAUCUAGAAAUACCGUGGAUCUAAAAGUUGAAUAAUUUGAUGUAGAGAGAUACAGAAAACAAAUAUAACGCUCUCCCAUACCGUAAAGCAUAUUUCCGCAAAGUGGGAGUGAAAAAACGUGAUAUGUUUCUGGAACAGUUACAAGAAAUAAGGAACUUUUCGUAUAAGUAAAUGGAAAAUUAAGUUUUGUUUUCCAGAAGAUGGCGUUAUUAUUUCUUUGGCUCUCAGCAGCAUCAGUGAUGAUAUUGACAAACGCAAUGAUAUGGGACGAAGACAACGGGGAAAUCUGUGGCCCUGUGGAAGUAACUGCUAAUGCGACAAGGCUCCAGGAUUACCGACAUUGCAGAAUUAUUGAAGGGCACCUUCGGAUCCAACUGACUGGAGAUAACAACGAGACAUGGAAUGAUCUAAGUCUUCCAGAGCUAACACAGGUGACAGAUUACGUGAUGCUUUAUCGCUUGACCCAUCUGUCUACCCUUGACACGAUUUUGCCUCGCCUGGCCGUCAUCAGGGGAAAUGCCCUUUUCCACGAGCAUGCUCUCGUUGUCUUCGGAAAUAUACACUUACGCGAAGAUAACUAUGAGAUGUGCAUAUACGACCCAUGCGAAAGAACUGGAAACUGCACACACUUUACUUCAGCGAUGUACACCAACUGCCGAGAUUUCGGUGGAUGUCGUGAAGGUGAUCAGUGCCAUCUAGAGUGCGUAGGAGGUUGUUUCAUUCCCGGCAACGCGUCUGCUUGUGUGGCAUGCAAGCACUAUCAGCAUGGGUCCACUUGUGUCCGUGCCUGUCCUGCUAAAUCGCCCCGAAACGUGCACGAUCUACGCUACAAAUGUGUGGCGGCCAGCACUUGUGAAGCGAUGUCCGGAAUCGUCAGAGUUAUGAAGCUGCCAGACUCGGGCAUUUCAGCGCCUGUUUGUAUACACUGUGAUGGUAACUGCAGCAGGACGUGUAAGGGAGAAACAAUAACUAGCAGAAACACUGGCAGGAAUCUUCGUGGUUGCAAGAAAGUUAAUGGAAGCCUCAACAUUUCAGUUGCAGGAGGCUUGAACAUCACACAGCAACUUGAGGAAAAUCUCGGAGAGAUUGAGGAAGUAUCUGGUUACAUUCGAGUGUACGGUUCAGAUACACUUUUUUCUCUCAAUUUCCUCAAGAAUCUGAGACACAUUCGUGGAGAAGAGAAAAUGCAUGGCCUGUACGCCCUGUACGUGUUGGAGAAUGCCAAUCUGCAGGAGCUUUGGGACUGGCGGCAACGGUCGGACGUCUUGUACAUACAUAGUGGAUCUCUGUUUUUCCAUUACAAUCCAAGCCUUUGUCCCCUUCUCAUACAAGAACUGGUCUCCAUGACCUCAGCAAAAACCCAAAAAUAUGCAAAUAUCUCCAACACAUCCAACGGAAAUAGUAUCCCAUGUUUUGAAUCUGAGCUGCCUGUUCAGGCACAGGCAGGGGAAGACGUGGGUACGAUCAGUGUCAGAUGGCAACAUGAAUACCAUGGUAUCGACGACCGCUUUGUCAUUGGUUAUUACGUGUUCUAUAGAGAGACAGAUGAGAACGUUACGCUCUUCGGAGGACGUGACGCAUGUAACGACAAUGAGUAAGUGUUUCGGACCUGAAAUAAUUAAGCCAAUGCAGGGUGCACCUUGCAAGUACAUUGAAGAGACGGCACUUUUGCAUGUAGAUACACAGUACGUCUAGAGAACUCUUAAGUUCAGAGCUCAUACACUAGAAUUUAGAAUCUGAAUAUUUCGAAAAUGUGUUCAAUGAAAAAUACCUUAUGCAGAAGACCAUGACUUGUUCAUUCCUGUUCAUGAAUCUUUAUACUUUUUUAUGUAGAUGGCUGCCAUAGAGGGAUGGUAAAGAUAUAAACAACAGAUCGUUAGCUA